GGGUCAGUCAGUGGGACUAAUAAGGAGUAGGAUCCUGCGUGUGAUCCCAUUCUCACUUUUUUAUUUCCAAGUGAACUUUGGAAUAGCAUAUUACGAUAACAUGUGGUCACAAAACCCUUAAAGGAUUGUUUUUUUUUCUGUGAUUCGGAGGAAAGUUCCGCGGCAGAUGUUUCCAAGAAGUCUUUUCCUACCCUUGGUGGAGGACAUGACUAACCUCCUGAAAUGGACUGUCUUCCUAUGGAUUGUAAAUACCAUUCCUUUGAGCUGUGGAAUGGCAGUAAAUGAACGAAUUGAUCAUUCUUGUCCUCCCUUGAAGCUGGAGGAGAGCAGGUUUGCAUCAAGUAUGACUGAAACGCAUGAAUUCACAGGAUUUGAUCUAGCUGAGAAGUUCCUGUUAAGAAAAGUUGUCGAGGACAGAGCAAUGUUUCGCCUGGGCAGCAAGCCUCUCAUUAAGCCCACAGAAUUGGUUUUUCCGAAUGGACUGCCAAGUGAAUUCUCCAUUGUUGCCACAUUCCGGCUCCGGAAAACCACAAAGAAAGAUCGCUGGUAUCUCUGGCAGAUAUUUGAUCAGUCGGGGACCAGUCAGGUGUCUAUCGUAGUGGAUGGUGCCAAGAAAGUGGUGGAGUUCUCGUCCCUGGGCCUCCUGAAGAACAGCCUCCAUCACACCUUCAAGAGCCGCGACUUGCACGCCCUGUUCGACCGGCAGUGGCACACGCUCGGUGUGGCCGUGCAGACCAGCAUCGUGUCCAUCUUCCUGGACUGCAAGCUGAUCGAGCGGAGGCAGCUGGACGAGCGAGAUUCCACGGACAUGCGCGGGCGCACCCUCAUCACCACGCGUGUAGAGGACGGCAGGCCGGUGGACAUUGAACUGCAGCAAAUCUUAAUCUUCUGCGAUCCUCAACUGGCAGAGAUGGUAAACUGCUGCGAGGCCCCUGGGUCCACGUGUUCGCCCAAGGAGGUGCCGGCUGUUACGCGUCCUCCCACGGUCACGGGCUACCUUCCCAGAAUGCUCUCGCAGCCCAUGCUCCAGUCCGGCGACAAGUGCCAGUGCUCUGCGGAGAAGGGAGAUCCGGGCUUGCCAGGAUUGGCAGGACUUCCAGGACAAAAAGGAGAUAAAGGCGACAGGGGCGAGACUGGAGAGGAUGGAUACCCAGGAAACCCUGGCAUGAAGGGGGAUAAAGGUUCUCAAGGUUUCCCUGGUUUGGAUGGCUUGCCUGGGAGUAAGGGCGAGGUGGGGUCAGAUGGAGCGAAAGGAAGCGUUGGAGAAAAGGGGGAGAAGGGAGACUUCGGGGAGCGUGGGAACGACGGCAUUCCUGGAAUAAAUGGAUUGAAAGGUGACCCAGGAGCUGCAGGUGCACCUGGCCUCAAAGGUGAAAAAGGGGACAUUGGCCCACCUGGUCCUGCAGCCUCAUUGACUGAAAUGAGAGGUCUGAAGGGAGAUCAGGGGUUACCGGGUCCUGCAGGGGAGAAGGGGGAGACCGGGGUGUCGGGUCAGCCUGGAACGCCGGGCAAGGAGGGCAAAAGGGGCCGUCGAGGAAAACCGGGAGAUCCAGGGAAGCCAGGGCCCCCAGGUCCCGCAGGGUCCGGCGAAGGGGCAGACACCAAGGGAGAUAAAGGUGACUCAGGAGCCUCAGGGGAGCCAGGAGUGAAAGGAGAAAAGGGUGAUGCGGGUCAGCCUGGUGAGGUGGGAGCCGGUGGCAUAAAGGGAGAGAAGGGUGAAGCUGGCCCAAGGGGACCACCUGGUCCUGUGAUGACAGCUCAUGGUCUGAGGCACCUCGCUGGACCUGGGGAAGAGGGUGAAAAGGGGCAGAAAGGCGAGAAGGGAGAUCAGGGAGAAAGAGGAAUCCAAGGACCCCAAGGCUUGAAGGGCUCCAUGGGAUUGCCAGGUCCACAGGGCCUCCUGGGUCCAGAGGGCAAGGAGGGUCCAGCAGGCACUGUCGGACUCCCUGGUGUUCCGGGAGAAGUGGGCUCACCGGGGGAACCGGGAGAACGGGGGAAAGAAGGCCCCAAAGGAGAAAAGGUAGUCUAAAAUGAUGCCCGACCAAAAC